AUGUGUGGUCACUGCUGCUCAACGCCCUUAUUGGACCAGGUUCCCGCCAGCUUGAUCCCAUGCUUGGAUUCCAAGGUGACCAUGGAGGCCGGUGGUCUCCCCUUGGAGCUGUGGCGCAUGAUCUUAGCCUAUCUGCACCUUCCCGACCUGGGCCGUUGCAGCCUGGUGUGCAGAGCCUGGUAUGACCUAAUCCUCAGUCUCGACAGCACCCGCUGGCGGCAGCUGUGUCUGGGAUGCACCGAAUGCCGCCACCCAAACUGGCCCAACCAGCCCGAUGUGGAGCCUGAGUCUUGGAGGGAGGCCUUCAAGCAACAUUACCUUGCCUCUAAGACAUGGACCAAGAAUGCCCUGGACUUGGAGUCCUCUGUCUGCUUUUCUCUAUUUCGCCGGAGGAGGGAACGCCGUACCCUGAGUGUUGGGCCAGGCCAUGAGUUUGACAGCCUGGGCAGUGCCUUGGCCAUGGCUAGCCUGUAUGACCGAAUUGUGCUAUUCCCAGGUGUGUAUGAAGAGCAAGGUGAAAUCAUCCUGAAGGUACCCGUGGAGAUCGUAGGCCACGGGAAGUUGGGUGAAGUGGCCCUGCUAGCCAGCAUUGAUCAGCACUGCUCCACCACACGCCUGUGCAACCUUGUCUUCAUGCCGGCCUGGUUCUCCCCUUUCAUGUUUAAGACAACAUCGGGUCAUGUCCAAUUUGACAACUGCAACUUUGAGAAUGGGCAUAUCCAGGUCCAUGGCCCAGGCACCUGCCAAGUGAAGUUUUGCACCUUCAAAAACACCCAUGUUUUCCUGCACAAUGUGCCCCUGUGUGUCCUGGAAAACUGUGAAUUUGUGGGCAGUGAAAACAACUCUGUGACUGUGGAGGGCCACCCAUCUGCAGACAAGAACUGGGCCUACAAGUAUCUACUAGGGCUUAUCAAGUCCUCCCCCAGUGUGCUACCCACGGAGGAUUCUGACUCUUUAAUGUCCCUGGACCUGGAGAGCAGGGACCAGGCUUGGAGCCCAAGGACCUGUGACAUUGUCAUUGAAGGCAGCCAAAGCCCUACCAGCCCAGCUUCUACCUCCCCAAAGCCAGGCUCCAAGGCUGGCUCACAGGAGGCAGAGGUGGGCAGUGAUGGGGAAAGGGUGGCCCAGACCCCAGACAGCAGCGAUGGAGGCCUGAGUCCUAGUGGUGAGGAUGAGGAUGAGGACCAGCUCACAUACAGACUGUCCUACCAAGUGCAAGGCCCACGCCCCGUACUGGGGGGCUCCUUUCUAGGCCCACCACUUCCAGGAGCAUCCAUUCAGCUGCCCAGUUGCCUAGUGCUGAACUCCCUGCAGCAGGAGCUGCAGAAGGACAAGGAGGCCAUGGCACUGGCCAGCUCCGUGCAGGGCUGCCUGAUCCGCAAGUGCCUCUUCCGGGACGGAAAGGGAGGCGUCUUCGUUUGCUCCUAUGGCCGAGCCAAGAUGGAAGGAAACAUCUUCCGGAACCUGACUUAUGCAGUGCGGUGUAUACAUAACAGCAAGAUCGUCAUGCUCAGGAAUGACAUUCACCGCUGCAGAGCGUCAGGCAUCUUUCUUCGCUUGGAGGGCGGAGGCUUGAUCGCUGGCAACAACAUUUACCACAAUGCGGAGGCAGGAGUAGACAUCCGGAAAAAGUCCAACCCACUCAUACUGUGUAACCAGAUCCACCACGGCCUUCGUUCUGGCAUUGUUGUCCUUGGCAAUGGGAAAGGCGUCAUCCGGAACAAUCAAAUCUUUUCAAAUAAGGAGGCUGGUAUUUAUAUCCUGUACCACGGAAAUCCAGUUGUGAGCGGGAACCACAUUUUUAAGGGCCGUGCAGCUGGCAUAGCAGUGAACGAGAAUGGCAAAGGCCUCAUCACAGAAAAUGUCAUCCGUGAGAAUCAGUGGGGAGGUGUAGACAUCCGUCGAGGAGGAGUCCCCGUCCUCAGGAGCAACCUCAUCUGCUUCGGCUACUCAGAUGGUGUGGUCGUGGGAGAUGAAGGCAAAGGACUGAUAGAAGGAAACACCAUCUAUGCUAAUAAGGGCUGUGGUGUGUGGAUGAUGUCGUCCAGCCUGCCCCACGUCACCAGCAACCACGUCAGCUACAAUGGCCUGUAUGGAGUGGCAGUGUUUAGUCAGAAGGAGGGUUCUGGUGAGUUCCCUGGAGGUCACGGGGCCCAGGAGAACUUCAGCGAGGAUGGGGACGCCAUCCUUUGGGAGACAGAGCUGGAGAAAGACGAUGACCCACUGCGCCGGCCCAUCGCCAUAGCUCUCGUGGAGUCCAACAGUAUUAAUCACAACGGAGCCUCAGGACUGUACGUCCAGAGCAGCGAGGCACUGCACGUCCUCACCAACGUGAUCCAUGCUAACGGAGACAGAGGCAUCACUGUAGCCCAGAGCAGCCAGCUCACCCGAGUGGCCAGCAACAGCAUCUCCUGCAACCGGCAGAGUGGGGUCAAGGUCGAGGCCCAGUGCAAGGUGGAGCUCCGGGGCAACGGUAUCUAUGACAACAGAGGCCAUGGCAUCAUCACCAAGGGCGACAGCACCGUGGUCAUCGAAAAUGACAUCAUUGGCAACCGGGGCAGUGGGCUGCAGCUAUUGCCCAGGUCCGACACGAAGGUGAUAAAGAACCGGAUCCAUUCAUUCCGGGCCUACGGCAUUGCAGUGCGGGGCCGCGCCAAGGCCCUGGUGCAGGAGAACAUCAUCUUCCAGGGCAAGACCAGCAAGACGAUCUUUCAGCAGAUCUCAAACAACCGAGAAUGUAUCAUGCAAAACAACAAGUUCUUGGUGUUCAAGAAAAAGUCUGAUACGUGGCGCCUGGUGAACCCACCAGCACGGCCUCACCUUGAAAGUUCUCUCCGAGGCCCCUCUACAGCCCACAGUGGACAGAAGGUGACAGCCAUGGCGACCAGGAUCACUGCCCGCGUGGAAGGUGGUUACCACAGCAAUCGUAGCGUCUUCUGCACCAUUCUGUAA